AUGUUGGAAGCUGUCGACCAUGGUUUGGACCGAGAGAUUCUGGGAGAACGGAAAUCCUUGGCGCGGAGCGUCUUGUUGGAGCUCCGUGAGAUCGCGAAACUGGGGGUACCACUGGCCUUGUCCUCGGCCAGUGGAAAUCUCAAUAUGUUGGUCAGCAGUGUGUUGCUGGGCCGCUUAGACACCAUUGCCCUGGCUGCCGUGUCGGUCGCUGGGAUCUGGACCAGUGUGACGGACGUGCUCUUUUUCGCGGGGAUCGGACAAUUGUCCAUGUUCUGCAGUCAAGCGUAUGGAGCUGGCAACUAUGCAUUGGUGGGUACGUGGUUGCAGAUUUAUUUAGUCUUCGUCACCGUUGCUGGGAUUCCCUUCAUGCUGCUGCGAUUUCUCACGACUCCGAUUCUGUUGACCUUUCAUCUCCAUCAUGAUGUCGCGGUCACUGCAGGGGUGUAUACCAUCUGGUCGCAAGCAGGUUUUCUCUUCGAUGUUUGGUAUAACUCCAUCAAGGAAUACUAUGCAGCACAGCAGAUCACCAUGCCAGCAGCUGUUGUUGAUGCGAUCUUCGUGGUGGUGAAUUUCCUAUUGACAUAUGUGGCAGUCUUCCCUCUGAAGGGCGGCAUCAUUGGUGCAGCCUUGGCUUUCUGUACAGCGAAACUUCUACGAACCAUCACCUACAUCUUGGUCUGCUGGAGCAAGGGCUACCACAAACGCACCUGGCCCGGCUGGUCCUACAAGGAGAUUUUGGUGGCUGAGCGAUGGCGGCGACUAUUGGCCAUGACCAUCCCUGCAGCUAUUGGUGGUUUGGCCGAAGAAUUGCAGUUCCAGGUUUGCACUCUGAUGGCAGGGGAGAUAGGGCCCGCCGAAACAGCAGCAUUUAACCUGGUGAUGACUGUGCUGAUUUUGGCUUUCCUGUUUUCCAUGGCCAUGGGUGACAGCGUCGGCAUCCGCAUGGCCAAGAGUCUGGGUGAGGGCCGUGCGCAGGGCGCCGCCUUCGUGGCACGCCUGGGGAUCAUCGUCUCGGUGAUUGGGGGCGUGGUCAUUGCAGGAUUCGUCUGUGUGCUGAUGCCGGCGGUGGUGCCACUGAUGUCCAAGGACCCAGUAGUUCAAGAUCAGAUGAUUCGACUGCGUUGGACGGGCACAGUGACCAUAGCAUUGAUUGGUGGAGUUCUCCCUGUGGUCACCGUGUUGACCAAGCAGGGCCGCACGAAAAUCGUGAGCAUCACCCUACCAGUGUGCUGUUGGUUGACAGGCUUCCCCUGUAGCUACUUCUUGGGAAGGGCUUAUGGCUUGCUUGGUAUCUGUGAAGGGCUCAUCAUUGGCUAUUCACUGGCCUGCGUUUGUUUGAUGAUCGCCUUUGCUCGUUCCGACUGGCCCCAGCUGGCCCGCGAUGCGCAACGCAGGGCGGAGGUCGAGCAGCUGCAGGUCGAUGAGGUCGAUGAGGUCGACGCGAACGUUGCGAACGUGGCGGCGAACGAGGUAAACCUGGAGGUUGAGAGCCGCAGCAAUGCUUUCGAUACUUUCAGCUGGGUCACUGAGGCAGCUCAUACAGAAGCUGCACGUUUUUGCCGUCCUGUGGCGCUCCGUGCAUACGACAAAGCUGUGUCUUUGCUUCCAGUCCUCGCGGUGCACGCGCUGCUGUGUCGCAAACUUCGGCCGUACCUGCAGUCCAGGUGGCCGCUCUUGAAUUUUCUCGCCUCGCUGCUCCCGAACCCACGGCGAGAAUUUUCGUGCAAAAGAGUUCUCCUUCAGCACGUUUUGGAGCUCUCCAAAGCUACCAGCGAGGUCAUCAGAUGUCCAAGAUCCUGUGUGGGCUACAAGGCAGAGACAGUGGUCUCUCUGGGCAAGGGCCGCAGCUGCGUCUCAUCAAAGCUUUCUGUGGAGCGGCCCUUGAGCCUCCUGCAGGCACCUGGACUUCUUUCAGAUGUGCAACGACGGGUCUUGGCUGCACUUUUGCCCCUGUGCUGCUUGCCCUACGCACGUAGCAUCCUUCGUGGCCAGACGCAGGUGGGAUUGGGUCGUCGGACUGCUCCUCGCUUGGGGUGCCGGCGGUGCAUCAACGCUGAUGCCUCUGCAGUUCCAGUGGUCAAUGCUAGGCUUCUGGAUGCCGCCCGACUGGGUCAGCUAGAGGUGCUGGUGAUUUUGGCCUCCAACAAAGGGUCCACUUUCACUGAGGUCAUGGUGCUUUUGGCGGUCUUUGGUACCUUAGUGGGGACCAUCGGCAAGCAAAUGAUCAGAAGAUCUGAAAUGUACAAGCAGGACCGAAGAGAGCGAGAAAGUUCUAUUAUGUUCUCGGUAGGUCUGGCGCUGCAGGUAGCGCUGAAUCCGCUCUGCGACCUGGCGGGCUAUGCCUUGGCGCCCGCCUCGGUGAUCGCUCCGGUGACGGGGAUGGACAUCGUCUGGAACACUGUGAUCGCACCGUGUUCGCUCAACGAGACCUUGACUUCUCGGCGGCUGUUGAGCACCAUCAUCAUUUUCUUUGCGGCCACCACAUCAGUUCUCUUUCGGCAAAUCAACGAGGUGAAAUGGACGGCCGCUUAUGUGGAGAUGGUCCUGUGGCAGAACCGCACCAUGCUUUACGCCAUCUGCUUCAUUGCUUGGUAUUUGUGGAACGUGGUCGUCCAGAUGAGAUUCGAAAAAGGUUCGCCCAUUCGUGGUUUCUCUUUGGGCGCCACGGCUGGUACAUUGGCUGGAAACAUGUGGUGCACCAAAAUCACCGCGGUGCUAUUGGAGCAGUGCAUGUCGGGCCAUUGUGAUGCCUGGGGCCAUUGGGUCUCCUGGAUCUGCCUUUUUGGUGGGGUCUUCUUUGCGACCAGUAACCUGUACUAUAUCUCCAGAGGAAUGCAGCAGCACGAAGCUCUCUUCAUGGUCACUGUGUACAUGGGCGCCAACAUCGCUACCAAUAGUCUCUCUGCCAUUGUGGUCUUGGGAGAAAUGGAUGAUGCACCUUGGUGGAAGUUAGCAGGCUAUACCUUCUGCAUCCUGAUGAUGAUGGUCGGGAUGGCUUUGUUGACUUCUGGCGAGAAGGUUUGGGAUUUUUGCCAAACAGUUUGCGGCUUGGCCAUCUACAGAUCUUCAAUCCCCCCAUUCAAUUUGGCAACUCAUGAGUUUCCCGUGAAGAUUUUCCCAUAUUUUCCAAUACCAAUGGGAUAA